CACCGCCGCUGUCCGUAGCUGGCGUUCCAACAUGGCGGCUCCCCAAGACGUCCACGUCCGGAUCUGUAACCAAGAGAUUGUCAAAUUCGACCUGGAAGUGAAGGCGCUUAUUCAGGAUAUUCGCGAUUGUUCAGGACCCUUAAGCGCACUUACCGAACUGAAUACUAAAGUGAAAGAGAAGUUUCAGCAGUUACGACACAGAAUACAGGAGCUUGAGCAGUCGGCUAAAGAGCAAGACAAAGAGUCGGAGAAGCAGCUUCUACUCCAGGAAGUGGAGAAUCACAAAAAGCAGAUGCUCAGCAAUCAGACCUCGUGGAGGAAAGCGAAUCUCACUUGCAAAAUUGCCAUCGACAAUCUAGAGAAAGCAGAACUUCUCCAGGGAGGGGAUCUCUUGAGGCAAAGGAAAACCACCAAGGAGAGCCUGGCCCAGACAUCCAGCGCCAUCACCGAGAGCCUCAUGGGCAUCAGCAAGAUGAUGUCCCAGCAGGUCCAGCAGAGUGAGGAAACCAUGCAUACCCUAGUCAACUCUUCGCGAACCAUCCUAGAUGCAAAUGAAGAAUUCAAGUCCAUGUCGGGGACCAUCCAGCUGGGCCGAAAGCUCAUCACCAAGUACAACCGCCGGGAGCUGACAGACAAGCUGCUCAUCUUCCUUGCCCUGGCCCUUUUCCUCGCCACAGUCCUCUAUAUUGUGAAAAAGCGGCUCUUCCCCUUUCUGUGAGGUUGAGGGCUGCCAGCUCUGGCCCCUAAGCUCCUGUUUCAGGAUCCGUCCAGGCUUCUGAGCUCCAGCCCAGGCUGCCAAACUGAGCCACCCCAGCCAGCUGCCUGGUUGCUCAGCAGGUCUGAUGAAGAGGCAGCACAUCGGCUUUCUGUAAGUGGCUUGUCCCGUGGCAGGGGCAUCCUAUCACUUCGAGGCCAUCCUCGGAUGCCUGCGGGACACAGGCACUCCCUGCUCACUGUGCUGUCAUGACUGUGGGUGGCUGCCUCAUGGCGUUUAAGAUCCCAACUUUGGGACUUGAGGCUCCUCUCUCCCUUUCCCUGCCAGGGCCUUCAAGGCUGGAUCUGGUGGAGAGAAGAGGUGACAAAAAGGAUGAGAAAACUCAUUCCUGUUCCAUAAGUAAACGUUGACUAUUUAAUAGGGCAUCAUGCGUUUGGUGUUAGAAGGUCUCCCUCUGGGGAUCUGUGUGGCUCUUUUCCUGAUAGCCAGGUUUCUAGGUGUGAACUUGGGUUGUUUAUUCAUUCAGCAGAGAGUGACUAAGCAGCUGCCACAUGUGUGGUGCAGAGACAGUGCUGAGCACCACACGUGCACCAGCAGGCCUGGCCCCUCCCUCCAGCAGCAGCAGAAAUAAGGUGGUGCGGGCUCUGGGGAAGGCAGGCAGCCAGCCCUGCAGGAGGAGCCUCAGCCUGCGUCUGGACUCUGCCCUCUAGCACGGCAGCCUGGUGGGGCCCGGAGUGUGCAGUGACAAAGGACGGGCUCGUGCCUUUCUCUCUGGAGUCCAGACUAAGUGUAAUCACGGAGGGAGAAGCUAAGGCCAGAGGGAUCGGGCCUGGGCUAGGCCUGCCCUGGAGAUGUUGGUAUUCCUUGUGUCGCAGGCCUGGCUGCCUUUGCACUUGAAAUCCCAGCCUCCCCCACUAUUUAUAGCCCCAGGGGACCUGGCAGGGCGAUGUGGAGGCAGAAGGGAAAGUGGAAAGAACAAACUCAGAACCCUGGCUCAGACACUUGGUUUUGAGUGUUCGCUCUGCUGCUAAGGGACCACAUGACCGUAAACAAGUUAUUUUAUAUAGCCGAGCCUCAGUUUCCCCAUCUGUACAGUGAUGGUAAUAUCCAUAUAGCCCUUCUUAGAGGCAAUCUGAGAGUCAAAAGGAGGUGAAGUAACAAGUGCAGCUUCCUUCUGACUGGGCUCGCCUUGGGCUUCCCAAGUGCUGCCACCCCCAGGCUCCAGGCCCUGAGGUUUCUUGCGACAUAGUCACGGGCUUCCAGAAGGCAACGGCGGUUCUGUGUUAAACCUUUUUGAGCAGGAUCUGGAGUUAAGGCCUCAGUUAUGAAGGGACAGAUCAUCAAGGGACCAAGUUGAGACUGGCUGCAUGCCCCAGACAAGCCUUAUAAGUAGGUUCUGAAUUGGUGUGUGUGUAUGGACACACAUUUUCUAUGUAUUAUCCUUAAACAAUCCAGGCCCAGAAGACACGCGUGCAAAUUGUGUGAGCAUGUGUCUUAUUUAUAGUCCAAUUAAAGCCAAGAAUAAAGCGCAGAUGGGAAAUUCCCCCCUCAGAUUCCAGCUGUAAGUGCAGCAGAUGGAUGUUAUCACAUUAGGAUUUUCUUGUCUUAACAUUUUUCUUUACUGUUUCCCGCUAAUUGUCAACAUCCUCUUCACAAUAUGGAAAUGUGUGAGCUCUGUUCUCCCUACAGAUUCUCCCUUUGACACUUUAUUCCUCUUUUACUUGCCUUCUGAAACAGAGUUGGAUUUGACCCAUUUUGAAAUGUUGAAAACCUGUGAAGAGGCCUUCAAAAAUUUCAUGGAAAAUGCAUACUGUGGAAAACCUACAUGUGGAGUUCAAAAUGCCUGCACCAAGGCAAACUUACCUUUUGGUUUCAUUAUUCUGUGAAGUUUCUGAAGUCCCUUCAUUCUGGCAACCCUGGUCAGCCCGUAGGUUUAAGCCCUCUCUGUUGGCUGUGUAAGAAGCUGCCCUCCCACAGUCAACCAUCAGAGGGCAGUAUCCACAUUUGCUCUGCCAUCUGGUAGUGGGGUGAUUGUCUCUCUCCAUUUGAAAUGUUCUAAUGGACUUUUAGAAACAGAUGACAAAUUUUUUUUCAAAAGCCAUAUGAAUGUACAAUGCUUAGCUAUAUCUUGUUUUUGAAACCUGUUUCAUAAGUGGCUGUAAUUUUCACUGUUAAUCAGUGAGGCAAGUUCAUGAGCUGUGUUGUGGUUAGCUGACAGUCAAGGAAUUGAAAGAUUCCCCGAGAGAUGGUUCAUUCAAGAUAUAUUUACUGAGCACUUACUGUAUACCAAGCACUUGUGUUAGGGAUGCACGGUAAAUAAAAGCAGAUGGCCCAUGUCAGGGAGCUGCAGUCAUUCAUCAUAUAAGGUAAUAGUGGCCUGGGGAGAAGUAGAGCAGGUUAGUGAACACCUGGCAUGUUUGCAGUGGGAAGCAGAGUAGUCAGUGUUGGCCUCACUGGGGUGAGAUCUGAGGAAAGGCUGGAGGCUCUGGGGCUGGUGUUGUGGAGCAGCGGGUUAAGCUGCCGCUUAUGACUCCAGCACUCUGUGUAUGAGCACUGCUUCGAGUCCCAGCUGCUCUGCUUCCAGUCCGGCUCCCUGCUAGUUCACCUGGGAGGCAGCAGAUGGUGGCCCAAGUGUUUGGGUCCCUGCUACCCCUCUGGGAGAUGUGGAUGGAGUUCCAGGCUUCUGACUUGGGCCUGGCCCAGCCCCUGGCUGUUGUGGCCAUUUGGGGAGUGAACCAGUAGUUGGAAGAUCUCUUGUUGCUGUCUCUUUCUCUCUCCCUGUCACUCUUUCAAAUAAAUAAAUCUUUUAUUUAAAAAAAAAAAUUAAGCAGUUCUGCACAAAACAAACAUAACAAAAAAGACAGGAGGCAGGCGACUGAGCCACGUGCAGGUGAGGGCAGAGGUUCCACAAGGAGGGAGCAGCCACGCAGAGGCCUGAGCAGGUCCAUGCAGGUGGCGGAGCUGAGGGACAGCAAGGAAGCCAGCGUGGCAGGGCGUGGCAGGAACAGAGCGUGAGGUCUCCAUGCCGCCCGCCGCUCAGCAGUUCUUCUAGGGCGUCCCGGGCUGUGUGAAACCACGCUCUCUUGAGUUUCCUUUUACUUCGCGGUAGCGCCUCCCUCUGUUCAUCUUCUCAGUCUUAAAUGCUGCUCAGAUCCUGUUCCCUCACCUCCCUUCAUGUAUUCUCUCAAAGCCAAGGUCCUCCAUGACUCCAUCUUCAGUGGUCCCCGAGUUCUGUCAGCAGUGCCCACUCCUCAGGGGAGCCCUGACCCCAGGAUCGUCAUCAUCACCCCAGGGACUCUCAGGCCCUCCACCUGUGCGCAUGGCCAACACCCGCCCUGCAGUGGGCCCUUCUCUAGGCUGCACUUCCAUUUCCCCAUCUGGGGUCUGCUGGGGCUCAGGGCACACCACCCCAGAAUAUGCCUGUGGGAGACCAGAAUAUGCCACCCCAGCAUCUUCUCUGGCAUAUCCUGGGCUGGUUUUUCCGAGAAACCCAGAUACUGGAGUAGUUCUGAAAAGCUUUAUUUAGAGUCCUUUUGUAGAAAAGGGACAUUACAUUAGCAGAGGACCUGGGUCAAGAGGAGGGCAGCCCCUGACUCAGGGGAGAAGGACCUCCCCUGUGUGUGAGACCUCCUCAGCUCCCCACCGCCCCCCACAGCUGUCACCACUGCCCCCAGGAGCCCCCAGCCUCUGUUCUUGUCUGUAGCUCAGGCUGCCCUGUGAGCUUCCAUCACUAACCCUUCUUGUCUCUGGCUUGUGGGGCUUUCCAUGUGCGCCAACACAUAUCUAAGUGCAGGUUUUCUCUGGUUAACCUGGUUUAUGGCCAUUUAAUCUGUUGCCUAGACAAAGCCCCUCAGAAAGGUGGAUGGAAGGCGUGUUUUAUUCUCCUGCAGACCCCUCUCCCUUGGAACCUUGUUCCCCCAAACCAGAGAUGAGACUGUACUUCAACAGCUACCUGGAAAUGACGUUUGCAGGAGCUGGCGACAGGACGCCGUUUUUGUUGGUGAAUUUAGGCGACACUCCCCCCUCCCCCCGCCCCACUGAAGGCAGUUUGGCAGAGUGACUCAAUAUGAAGAGGAAGGAAAAGAUAGUAAAACAAGUUCUAUUUUCUUCCCAGCCUAAUGGUGGUCUUCUCUCAGGCCCCUCCACAGAGUAGGCCCAAGCUGUGUUUCUUCCCCAAGCAAGGGCAGAAUAAAAAUAGCUGAGGCUAAUCUAAGAGAUAGCAGACAGGAGUCUCAGCAGUGCUGUCAGGAAUGACGGCCUGCAGCCUGGGGUGAGGGGAGGGUGGGUGUUAUCACCCCCAAUGUCCCUUCAGUCCCCAACAGCAAGCCCAGGCAACACACCAAGAGCCCCGGGGACCGUGGCCAUGGGCAUGGUGUUGGUCAGUCUGUAUCUUUAAUGGGCUACUGUGCAGCAAUUAAAAUGCAGCCUUUGGUGGCAGAGGCCUGGGUUCUGACUAUCCUCUUCUCCAUCAUUUUCUCCUUGUCUGCAGCACAGGGACAGCCAAUGGCAGGGGCACUGGGAGGAACAGAGCACAAGAGGCUAGGCAGGUAGAGAUGCCCGCAUCCCACCUUGGAGUGCCUGGGUUCUGUCCUUGGCUCCAGGUCCUGAGUCCAGCUCCCUGCUGGGGUGGACCCUGAGAGGUAGCCAUGAUAGCUCAAGUGGUUCCUGCCACCUACACGGGAGACCUGGAUUGUCUUCUCAGCCUGACUGCAGCCAUUGCAGGCGUUUGCAAAGUGAGCUGGCUGGCGGAAGUUCUCUUUUGUCUUUCUCUCAAAUACAUUUUUAAAAGAAAAGGACUAAACCUAGACUGAGAGCACGUAAGGCGCCUCUCACACAGAACUCCAAUAGCUGCCAUGCUCAUUCCCAAACAAAAGUUGAGUGGCCUCAUUCCCCUUUCUCUUUUGGGCUUAACUUCAGGAAAACAGUGCUUAAGAUGAGAAGAGGCUGCUGGGCUUGGCAAGGAAACAGAAACCCAGGCUGGACUUUCUCAAACGGCUGAGAGCUGAGGGUAGGGCAGAGCAGGCCCCGGCCAACGGCCCUCCUUCCCAGUCCACAGGAAAAGCGAAUGGGUCACAUUAGCUCAGUGUGAAACGUUGUCUUUCCUAUUAUUUUUAAAUCAUUAUUUUCUCCCUCCUUCCCCGGAAGUCUUUUGAAAGGAAGAGUGACACAGAGAGAGAGAGUCAGAGAGAUCUUCCGUCUGCUGGUUCACUCCCUAAAUGACCACGAAGGCUGGGGUUGGGCCAGGCCAGAGCCAGGAGCCAGGAACUCCAUCUGGGUCUCCCAUGGGUGACAGGGUCUCAAGUACUUGGGCCAUCAUCUGCUGCCUUCCCAAGGGCAUCAGCAGGGAGCUGUAUCAGAAGUGGAGCAGCCAGAACUUGAACCAGCCCAGCAUCUAUAGGAGGAGGCCUGUGUUGGCAAGUAGCAGCUUAACCCACUACGCCACAGCGCCCGCCCCUCCCCUGCCAUCUUGUUUGAUGGCAAAGAGUUCUCCUCAGUGAAAUGAAUCCAGAGCAGCAAAUGACUAGAGGCUGCAAAACGAGCAAGGGACCAAUCAAGCUUCUAAAAAUAUUUAUUUAUUUAUUUAUUUAUUUUGGACAGGCAGAGUUAGACAGUGAGAGAGAGAGAGACAGGGAGAAAGGUCUUCCUUUUCUGUUAGUUCACCCCUCAAAUGGCCACUACGACCGGUGCGCUGCGGCUGGUGUGAUGUGCCUAUCCGAAGCCAGGAACCAGGUGCUUCCUCCUGGUCUCCCAUGCGGGUAUAGGGCCCAAGCACUUGGGCCAUCCUCCACUGCCUUCUUGGGCCACAGCAGAGAGCUAGACUGAAAGAGGAGCAACUGGGACAGAAUCCAGCGCCCCAACCGGGACUAGAACCCGGGGUGCCAGUGCCGCAGGUGGAGGAUUAGCCAAGUGAGCUGCGGCGCCAGCCGAUUUAUUUAAUUUUAAUUUGAGAGAGAGAGGUGACAGAGAGCUCCCUUCUGCUGGUUCAUUCCCCAGAUGCUCACAACAACUGGGGCUGAACCAGGACAAAGCCAGGAGCUAGGAACUCCAUCCAGGUCUUCCAUGUAGGUGACAGGGACCCAACUACUUGGGCCACCUCCUGCUGCCUCCCAGGGAGCACAGUAGCAGGAAGCAGGAUUGGAAGUGGAGGAGCCAGGACUCCAGUGUAGGAUUCAGGCAUCUCAAGUGCUGUGCCAGACACUUGCUGUGGCCUGUCACUUUUAAGCUAGUUGCUGGACUGAUAGGAAAGACAAGACUGCUCAUGGCAGGAGUUUCCAUCUCUACGAAGGGUGUUCCUGGUUUGCAUGGGCUGGCUCUUCCGAGCCCAUGAUGGAUUAGAGGACAGGGUAGCAGGGGCUGCUAGGCUGCGGGGCCCUUGGCUGCCUUCCUGAAUGCCCUCCUGCCGCACGCCUGUCCCACUACCUUCCUGAGUGUGUCCUGCAGCCAAUCUCCACGCUGGGCCUGGAAGACCCAAGAGUAAGCUUGCUGCAGCCUCACAAAUGAGCCUGUCAGGAGCCCAUCCCAGAGCCAGCAGACACACCCAAGAGUGGCCCAGGGGCCCGGGGAGCCCAGUGCUGUGAUUCCUCUAGGCCACCUAGAAGCAGCAGUUGGCAACACUUGGCGUGACGUUGAAGUUCGGAGUGUUAAGUUUGGGAUGCGAUCCUGAUGCGGAUGCAGUUACCCAGUGUUCACUGCGCGCCUCUUACCAUGUGUGUCCCACUCAACCCAGGAGCUCCAGGAGGUGGGUGGCGGUGUUGCCGCAGAAACAGUCAGGGCCCAGAAAGAAGCCCAGGCAAGUUCACACAGGCAGUCGCCAGGUGGACCUGGGCUUCAAAUCCAGGUGGGCUCCAGGGCCUCUGGAAUUCUCUCCACGGCAGGAAUGAGAGAGGCCAAGGAAGCUGGGGCUGAGGUGAAGGAUGGACAGGUGGGCGGGCAGUUAGAAGGACUGGUUCCUGUCCCUACUUAGGACAGUGACAGAGUAGAAGGGAGGGUGGAGUUGGAAGAUGGGGUGGUGCCUGUGUGAGGAAGCUGAGCCCUGAGCUCCACAUAAGCAAAGGAAGGAAUUCACUGGCUCACGUAGUAGAACAAUCCAGGCACCUUGCUCUCCAAGGCCUCAAAAGCGUGAGCAUAGAAUCACCAUAUGAUCCAGCCAUUGCACUUUGGAUACAGACCUAAAAGAACUGAGAGCGAAAACUAGAACAGAUCUUUGUACCCCUCUCUAUAUAGGAUUAUUCACAACAGCUAAAAGUGACCACAUAGCAACUGAAGGGUGAGCAGAAUAACCAAAUGAGGUGUAGACAUACGAUAGAAUAAUCAUCAGCCUUCACAAAGGAGCAGUGGGCUUUUCUGAAAAAAAAAAAAAAAAAAAAA